AUGACAUCCGACGCAAGAUCAUCGAGCGUGGUGUCCAUUGAUCCUCAUGGUGUCUGGCAGUCAGGACCGAUCUUCUCUCACGUUGCUACAACAACAGGCCCGGUGCGAAUUGUGGCAACAUCAGGUCAAGUAGGCGUGGAUCGAAAUGGCGUCAUCAUAAAGGAUCCUGAGGAGCAGAUAGAACAAGCCUUUCGCAACCUCCACAAAGUCCUCGAGGCUGCAGGAGCAACAGUCCCAGAUGUGUUUAAGCUGGUAUGGUAUAUGGUCAACUACGAUCACAAAAACCGCCUAUAUCGGAAGUCACUGAUCAAAUUUUUGAACGGUCAUCGACCUGCAACCACCGCAAUCGGAGUUCCGGCAUUGGCAGAACCUGACUUCAUCUUUGAGAUUGAGGCGUAUGCAGCAGUAAAGCAACUGCCAACUCGAGAUGUAGAUGUGGUGGUUGUCGGUGCCGGCCUUAGCGGACUUCAAGCGGCCCAUGAUGUACAAAAGGCAGGAUAUUCUUGCCUCGUGCUCGAAGCCAGGGAUAGGGUAGGAGGUAAAACUUGGUCCGUUGAUCCACUUGGAGAAGACAAGUUUGUAGAUUUGGGUGCUGCCUGGAUCAAUGAUACCAACCAGUCCUAUGUGUACAAGCUCGCUAAGUCGUUGGGUCUGUCAAUGGUCAAGCAAAAUACACUUGGUGAUGUUAUUCAAGAGGAUAUUGGUGGCGGUCUUUCCAGAUUCCCGUACGGAGGUACCCCAAAAGUUCUUGCGGAAAAGGGAGGUGUCGAAAACAUGGUCGAAAUUCGUGAUCUAUUCGAGAAGGCAUGUCAGAAUAUUGACAUCUACAACCCUACAGCUUCUAACGAAGCACUUGACAAGUGCACCCUGGAGGACUGGGUAAAGCAACAGGGUGCGGGCGAAACCGCACUGGCGUCCGUCAGGGUGUGGACGAGAGCAAUGCUUGGGGUGGAGCCAGUGGACUUGAGUGCGCUUUUCUUCUUGGACUACUGCAAGAGUGGUGGCGGCUUGAUGCAGAUGCGAACUGACAAAAGGGACGGUGGCCAGUAUCUCAGGUUCACGCAAGGUAAGAAGGUUUCUCCGCCACGACCAAACGGGCUGUUUAUUGAUUCCCUGUUAGGAACCCAGGCUCUCUCGUUCGGCCUGGUCAAGCGAUUGAACAAAGAAUCUAUAAUGUUUGAUUCCGCCGUACGUCUCAUUGAACAGACGCCACAGGGCGUGCUGGUCUCCACGGCUCGGGGUGACGUCCGCUGCAAGCGAGUUAUAGUAUCGGUCCCAACGCCGUUGUACAAACAGAUUAAGUUCUCACCACCUCUGCCAAGCGCGAAGGAGAAUCUCAGCCAGUCCAACAAACUGGGCUAUCAAGUCAAGGUGAUGGUUCUGUACGCCACUCCAUGGUGGAGACCAAGUGGUCUAUGCGGUCUACUGCAAUCCUUCGAAGGUCCAGUCUGCGUCACACGCGAUAGCAGCGUUGAGGAGAAGAAUCAGUACUCUUUAACCUGCUUCGUGUCCGGCAAAGAUGGCCUCGCUUUGUCAGCUGGGACACAGAAAGAACGAUUUGCUGCAGUUGUUGGACAAAUCAAUCGCGUUUUCAAACCGUUUGUCGCAGAUGCUAUACCUGAGCCACUGGCUAUUGUGGAACAUGAAUGGUUUCCGGAUAUGUGGGCACAAGGCUGCCCGUGUCCAGUGGCACCUCCAGGUGCGAUGACAAGGUUUGGCCAUGCACUGAGGUCGACUCAUGGGAAAAUCCAUUUCGUUGGCACAGAAACGUCCUUUGAAUGGAAGGGGUACAUGGACGGUGCUCUUAGAUCAGGGGAGAGAGGUGCCAAAGAGGUGAUUCAGAUCUUGGACAAAUCCAAGCUGUAA